GCAUUUCAGCUAACCAUGUCCUUAAAUUCAUCAAUACUUUUAAAUGAAGAAAACUCUGGAGGACCAAAAGGAAAUACUGAGUGUUUGGAAAGUCUGGAACUGCAGACUCCAUCAUCAUUUCAAGACAACCCACUUCAACAAUUACAGUUAGCAUCACAGGAAGUACUUGAAAAGGCAAAAAAGAGUGGGAGAUCAAAAUGCCCUCGAUGCAGUAGUUCAAGAAUGUUUUAUUGUUAUACAUGCUUUGUUCCUGUUGAGACUGUCCCUACCAAAGAAAUUCCAACUGUGAAGUUACCUUUGAAGAUUGACAUUAUUAAACACCCAAAUGAAACAGAUGGAAAAAGCACUGCUGUGCAUGCUAAGCUACUGGCACCUGAUGAUGUUACAAUAUAUAAAUACCCUUGCAUUCCAGAAUAUAAAGAAAAAAGACAUGAAAUAGCACUUGUAUUUCCUGGCCCAAAUUCAGUUUCAGUAAAAGAUAUUGCUUUCCACCUCCAAAAGUACAUUAAGAAAAGUGUUUCUGAUAAUGACGAUGACUGUUCCAGAGAGCCGUUUCUUAAGCAAGCAAAAAUAGAACCUGAAGAGGAAAAAAAUGAAUGCAUCUCAAGCAACAAAAGUGAAGGCACUAUACUGAAGAAAAUAAUAUUUAUUGACAGUACCUGGAAUCAAACUAAUAAAAUAAUAACUGAUGAACGACUCCAAGGCUUGCUGCAAAUUGAGUUGAAGACAAGGAAAACUUGCUUUUGGCGUCAUCAGAAGGGAAAGCCAGAUACAUACCUUUCUACAAUAGAAGCAAUUUAUUAUUUCCUUGUGGACUAUCAUCAGGAGAUUUUGAAAGAGAACUACAAAGGACAAUAUGAUAAUCUGCUUUUUUUCUUUUCAUUUAUGUACACAUUGAUUAAAAAUGCCAAGGGCUGUGCAGAAAAAGAGUAA